AUGUUAUUCUAUUCUUUUUACUUUCUUGUUGUUUUAUUAUUAACUACACCAAAAAUUAGUUUUGGUCAACAAACAAUAGUAUAUGUUAAACGUGGCGAUAUAGCUGAAUUAUGUGACAAUCGUACAACAUCAAUUUAUGCUUAUGAAUAUCGAAGUUUUGAUGGGAAAAAAAAUUCAAUACUUGAACCACCCAAACAUGAACGUCUUUCAAAUCCAUAUAGUACAAGUGUAUUAAGAAUAAAUAAUGUUAUUGAAAGUGAUAGUGGACUUUACAAAUGUCCACAAGAUGAUACUGAAUGGCAAAGACUUCAAGUAUAUGUACCUGUUCAACAUGUAUAUUUAACGAAUCUACAUUCAUCAUCUCGUGUGUAUAAUAAUGAUUUUUGCGGAAUUGAUAAUACCAAUUGUUUAACUAUGGUUGAAGGUGAAUCAUUAGAUAUUGCUUGUGCAGCUGAUGGAUAUCCUCGUCCAGCACUUGAUAUAUUAAUAGAUAAAAAUGGAACAAUGCCAGAAAUCAUGGCAUUAGCUGGUAAACAUGAACCACCAACUAUGAUUAAUGAUCAAUUUAAACCAAGUGUCUAUGAAACUUAUCGUAUCAAUAAAUUAACACCAGAACAUAAUGGGAAGAAUAUAACAUGUUAUGCAGAUAUGAAACAUAUCGACAAAAAUCUUAUUGUAUCAUCCACUAAACAACUCUAUAUUGAAUUUCGACCUAGUGUUAUAGAAAAAUCAAAAAAAAUCUACUGUGGAAUUAAUCAAACACGUACAAUUAAUUGUACUGUUUCAAGAGCAAAUCCAAAUUAUCUACGUUAUUCAAUAAAUGGUUUAUCACAAUCAGUUGUACGUCGAACAUAUGGUGAUCAAAAUGAUUUAUUCUUUCAAUUUGAUAUUACACCAACAUCUAUUGAAGAUUUUCAUUCAUUUAAUGUUACAGCAAAUAAUAGUAUUGGUUUCGAUACAUGUACUUAUGAACUUAUUCAUGGAGGUAUACCCGAUGCAAUAACACAAUGUCACAUAGAUACAUAUUCUUCCAAUGUAACAAUAACAAUUAAUUGUUUAAAAAGCUAUGCACAAGGUGAUAAUGAAGGUUAUGCUUGUACAUUAUUCAAAUAUAAUGCUAAAAAUAAUCAUAAAAUAUUCGAGGAAAUAGCGCGAACAAAAUCUUGUAUAUUUGCACUUGAAAAUUUCCAUGAACCAGUUGAAUUUCGCGUUGCAGCCUUUAAUCGGUAUGGUUCAUUACCAGUGAAUACUUAUGGAUAUGUUAUUCAGUUAAAUCAACCAUCAUUACUGAAAGAAACAUCAUUUUUUAGUAGAAGAGCCGUUAUCAUUAUUGGAAGUAUACUUGGCGGGAUUAUUUUAUUAAUUUUUCUUUGUUGUCUAUGUGGAACAUGUCAUCGUGAUCAAGGAAAAUUUUCAAAUAAAAAUGAUUCCUAUCAAAAACAUAACGAGACAAUAGCACAUUUGGUACCUAACGGGAAUGAGAAGCGUCUUCAUCCGAAUGGAACUGUUUACGAUACUCCAGCUCAUUUAGGUAAUGGUAAAUAUUCUCAACAAAUAUCAUCAACUCCAACAUCAUCCGCUUAUCAUCAACAAAAACUUCAAGAAUCAAGUAAUUUAAAUUAUAUUGAUCACGAGUCUGUUUCAAGUAGUCUGAAUUCAAUACCACCACGAACACGUACAGUGAACAAUAAAUUUUAUGGUCAUCCAGUAAUUGAUUAUCAAUAUGGACCGUUAUCACCGGGAACUAUGGUUGUACCAACAGCAAAAAGAAAUUUUGAAAAUGAUGAAGAAGGCGGUGAUGGAAUGGGAGGAGCAGGAGAUGAAUCACCUGUUUAUUCAACAACAACAGAUGUUUUAUCUGAAAGUGGUUCAUUUCUUGUACCAUCAUCAUCAAAACGUAAUGGACCACCUCCACCCAAACCACGUUAUUCAACAUUAAGUUCUGUUCGUUCACCUCUCGAUAAUCUCAAUAAUCUCAAUAAAACGCCAUUACCAUUACCUAAACCACGUUCACGUUCAAAUUCACGUACACGUUUGAAUAAUCCAAAUGCUGAUAAUACAUCAGGCUUAUAUGAUGAACGUCCAAUAUCAUCAUCCGAUUCUGGUAUAGGUCAAUCAGAUGCUGUUUGUUUAUCGAAUGGUGAUACAAUACGUUCAGGUCUUGUUCGACCAAAACAAGAUACUUUACAAAGACAUUAUAUAACUCCAUCUACUCUUCAACAACCAACAAGAUAUCAAACAUCAACACCUUCAAAUGUUCGUGGUACAGAAUGUUAA